AAACAGACACAAUGAACAAACAAAGCCCAAGAAAAAAUCUCCCCAGAUUUCCAAAUUCUCAUUUCUUCAAAUUCCAAAUUCCAUUCUCUUUCUCUCACUCUCACAAAAAUCAGAAUCACAAACACACACAGAGAGAGACAGAGUAAACCCAAACAUCAAUCAAUGGGCGCCACAAGCGGCGACGUGGAGGCGGGGUUCGCGAAGCUCCAAGGCGAAGACUUCGAGUACUACAUGCAAACCUACUCCAUAAUCCUCGGCCGGAACUCCAAGAAAUCGACGGUCGACGUCGACCUCUCCAGCCUCGGCGGCGGAAUGAACAUCUCCCGCCACCACGCCCGCAUCUUCUACGACUUCGCCCGCCGCCGUUUCGCCCUCGAAGUCCUCGGCAAGAACGGCUGCUUCGUCGAGGGCGUCCUCCACCUCCCCGGCAACCCUCCGGUAAAGCUCGAUUCUCAGGACCUUCUCCAGAUCGGCGACAAAGAGUUUUACUUCCUUUUGCCCGUUCGGAGCAUCCUCGGUGGCCCGGUAGGUGCUCGGGGUUACGCCGCGGCGGCCGGGGCGGGGGCGGGGGCGGUUGUGGCAGCGCCAGUCUCGGCGGGGCAUUAUGGGAAUUAUCAUAUCGCGGCGGCCGCAAUGGGGAGUGGGAAGAAGGGGAGAGGGAGGGAGUAUUAUGAGGAGUAUGAGGAGGAUGAUGGUGAUGAUGAUAAUAAUGGGAUUGGUGGGAGUAGUGGGAAGAAGGUGAGGAGAGAAGGAUUUGAUGGGUACAGCUAUGGCGCCGGAGGCUCCGGCGGUAAGGAGAAGAAAGCAGAUGGAAGAUCAAGGGUUGAUCGGGAUGCUGACAAUCAUCAACUUCUGCAGUUGGAAGAAAAGGACGUGGUAUCAACUGUAGCUACUGCACUCUCAGAUAUUUGUGGUCCUGGAGAAUGGAUGCCUAUGGAGAAACUUCAUGCUGUGUUGUUGGAGAAGUAUGCUAAUGUCUGGCACCAUAGUCGAGUAAGGAGAUAUCUUACAUCUGAGGACUGGCCUGGUCCUGAAUCCAAGGGGAAACCUUGGUACGGCUUGCUUAUGUUGCUAAGGAAAUAUCCUGAACACUUUGUCAUCAACACAAGGUCCAAGGGUCGUGUAACACUGGAGUUUGUCUCUCUUGUGUCUCUGCUCUCAUAAAAUAAUGAAGUGGCUAUGGGUGAUUCCGUGAUGAUGAUACUUUAUGGUGAAGUUUAUUAGGAAAGGAAUAGCAAGGGAUUCCUAUCGAGCAGCCAGGAACAAGGAGAUUCAAUUGUUCAAGGAAUUCUUACGAGGUGUAUUCUAUAGUGAUGAUCUAGGUUCUAGAGACAAAAUUGCUGAUUGUCAACUUUUUUACUAACCUACUAUUGUUGUGGAAUGGGGUUAACCACCAAUAGUGAGCUUUAGAUAGGACCCUGUUAAAUAUAUGUAAAUGACAAGCUUGAAUCUGAAUUAUGUUGCUGUUGUUUAAGCUACUGAUAUGAGAUUGUUGGUACUCUA